AAGCGUUCAGGGCAAGUGAAACCAGAACCAAGUUAGAAAACUUAACUGUAAAGUUGCUACUGUGCCAAAAUUUCAGUCAAAUUGUGAUACUGGCAUCAUAAAAAAAAAAAACAUGGCCAUCCACAAAGUUGUCCUCGUGGGCGCAAACGGCGACCUAGGAGGAGCCGUUCUGCGCGGGCUGGUCGACGCCGGCACCUUCGAAGUCAAAGUGCUCAAGCGCCAAAGCAGCAGCAGCAGCAACGACAACCUCCCGUCGUCCGUCCAGUUGCUUACCGUCCCGGACGCAUGGACAGAGCCCGACCUGACAGCCGCGCUGCGGGGCGCCGACGCCGUCGUGGCCUGCUUCGCACUGAGAGAGGACCCGCCACGUGCGCACCUGGUGCUCGCCUCUGCUGCCGCCGCCGCGGGCGUCACGCGCUACAUCCCUGCCGACUUUGGCAGCGUCGACUCCCGCGCGCCCCGGGCCCGCGAGCUGGUCCCGCUGUUUGGGAAAAAGGCGGCCGUCCGGGCGCUCCUGGACAGCCUGGCCGAGUCGACGCCAACCUUUUCGUGGACGAGCAUCGUCUGCGGUCACUUUUUCGACUGGGGCCUGCGAGAGAACUUUUUGCACGUGGACCUCAAGGCGCGGACGCAUGAGAUCCUGGACCAGGGCGAGCAGAGGAGCUCGCUGUCGACGCUGGCGCAGGUCGGGAGGGCCGUCGUGGCGAUCCUGAACAAGACGGACGAGACUAGGAACCGCACCGUGUUUAUUCAGAGCUUCUGCGUGAGCCAGAACGACGUGCAGGCUGCUUUGGAAAAGGCGACGGGGACCACGGCCGGCGACGGAGAGGGUCAAUGGAAGAAGACGUAUAUUCCGGCUGAGCAGUUCAUUUCAGAAAAGGUGGUUCUGCGCGACGCAGGCGACAAGCAGGCCAUUGAGGAUCUAGUGUUUGCUUUGGGAGUCAUCGACGGCGACUGGGAGAAGAAAGACGAGUUUUCGAUGGAUCUGCUUGGCCUGCAGCCUGAGGACCUGGACAAAGUUGUUAAGGAGGUCGUGGACGAAGUUGAGAAGCAACGCAGCCAAUAGUGCAUUGCGCCAGUCAGAGUUCGCUUUUCGGCGUUCCUCUCAGAUCACUCCAGCGAGAGUAAAUGCCAGUCAAAGGUACGACAAGGCUCUCCUCUCCCUUUGAGGUUUGAGAAGCUCUGCUAGAUUUAUCAGAGGGAUGACGGGCGGUGGAAAUAAUACCAAGGCGAACCACAAGAAUGGUCCCAGUUCCAUUAAGCAGCUGCGACUUUCCGGACAAAUAAAAUAGAUGUCUCGGUAGACAAAACACAUUUAGAGUCUGUAUACCCGCUGGCUAUACACUGCUGCUAUUAGCCAGAUUUGGAAACAGACCAGAACCAGAGAAAACAAGGCCCAAGCAUGUCGCUUCAUUCAAAUAACAGGCAGCAAUAGGCUCAAACUUACCAGGUCCUUGGUAUCCCGACCGAGGGCUAAAAUGUACACUAUUUCCCGGAAUAACUGACCGCGUCGUUCACAUCACGAGAUAUACUGGUGUCUUGGUGUUGUGGUGAGUUUCAGCUACUAUCCAAGGACCGGUUCGGCCCAGCCAAACGGAGAUGUUCACAUUGUCCGACCCUCGUAUUUUCUGGCGAGGAAGAGGUUACACGGCUAGUCUAGACCACUUAGUAUAACUGUCCUCUGCCUCCCAUGCUUUGUGAUGCCAGGGACAUUUAUCCAGACGAUAAAAUUCUUCUGCUUGAGCUCGUCGCAAAUAGAAUUGGCCUCAUGCUUUGGACAAUCUGGCUAUUUCUGGCGUGGUCCCUGGGGUAAGUGUAAGCGCCGUACUAGUUCUAGGUAUAUAAUAUACACAGAUACGCAAAACCGA